AUGGCUUCCACUCUCUUCUCAGUUGCGCCAGAGCCAAAGACCGAACUUGGUCGGCACCGUAUUCUGGCCCCGACGGCUGGUAUUCGUGUCUCGCCCUUGGCUCUCGGCGCCAUGUCCAUUGGCGAUGCAUGGGCCGACCUGAUGGGAUCCAUGAACAAGGAGAGCUCGUUCAAGCUGCUGGACGCAUUCUGGGAGGCGGGCGGUAACUUCAUCGACACCGCCAACAACUACCAGAACGAGCAGUCCGAGGAAUGGAUCGGAGAGUGGGCGGCCAACAAGGGCAUUCGAGACCAGCUUGUUAUUGCUACCAAGUUCACUUCGGACUACAGAAGCCACGCGCUGGGAAAAGGAAAGGCUCAAAACUUCCAGGGCAACCACCGCAAGAGUCUGCAUGUGAGCGUACGAGACUCCUUGAAGAAGCUCAAGACCGACUACAUCGAUAUUCUUUACAUCCACUGGUGGGACAGCACAACCUCCAUCAAGGAGCUCAUGGACUCUCUGCACAUCAUGGUUGAGCAAGGCAAGGUUCUCUACCUGGGAGCCUCAGAUAUGCCCGCUUGGAUCGUCAGCGCAGCCAACACGUACGCAGUUGACCACGGCAAGACGCCAUUCAGCAUCUACCAAGGCCGAUGGAACAUUAUGCUGCGAGACUUUGAGCGCGACAUUAUCCCCAUGGCACGACACUUUGGCAUGGCCCUCGCACCCUGGGACGUUCUCGGCGGAGGAAAGUUCCAGACAAAGGAGGCCUUGGAGGAGCGCAGGAAGAAUGGCGAAAAGCUGCGCAGCCUUGUAUCACUGCCAGAGCAGAGCCCCGAAGAAGUAAAGAUCAGCGAAGCGCUCCAGAAGGUGGCAUCAGAGCACGGCAUCACGUCUAUUACAGCCAUCGCUCUGGCUUAUGUGUUGCAUAAGGCAGGAAACGUUAUCCCCAUUGUUGGUGGAAGGAAGGUUGAGCAUCUCAUGGACAACAUCCAGGCUCUGAAAAUUAAGCUCACAGACGAGCAAAUCAAGUUCCUCGAGGAUGUACGACCGUUUGAUCUGGGAUUCCCCACAGCUUUCUUGGGCCCUGAUCCCAAUAUCACAGGAUUUUCCCCACGACUUCAGCGGACGGCUCAUUACAGCUUCCCUAAUGCCGGAAGUCCAAAGAGCGUUGUUUAA